AUGGCAUAUCGGAGUUUAAGACUCGAAAAAGGAAAAUGGGUGACUGACCCUACAAAAGCUGCCAAACGGCCACCAGAUGGGAUAGCAAAUGCGGAAUCGGGCAGACUACAAGAGGUUAAUAUUCAGCUUCUAGAAGAAGUAAUUUCUCCCAACUUCCCCGGAGGGAGUAACAUUCCUUCUGGAUCAAGAAACCCGACUCCUCAUGAAAGGGAUCAGUAUGACCCGAAUCAGAACAGAUCUCCUAUCCAGACUCUUAGUGAGGACAGACUUCAUGUCUCACUGAGACUUGGACCGAUACUCCCUGCGCCAGAAGAUGAUAUGCCGAGUCUGAUAAGGAGCAAAAGUUCAAAACCUCCUAAUUCUUCUACUGCUCGAACUCAGUCGGAAAAGAAACGAACGUUGAGAAGCUCAACACAGGGCGCUCAGGGAAUUAACGAUUGA